AUGUGUGCCUAUAAUCCUAAUGCGCAGUAUAACUACUGGGCUAACGGGCAACGUUGGGCUCAACAUACCGCAGAAAAUGGGGUCCCGUACUGGCAGAACCUGGAUACGGGCGUAUUCGUUUGGCAGAUGCCUGACGAAAUGAGACAAGCCAUGGCGCAAGUGCCUAUGCAGAACACAGGCGGGUAUUAUGAGAUGCCAGGGAUAUAUAAUAAAAACGACGAUGACGAUGAUGUCCUCGAAUACACCCUCCGUCUUUCCCUCGCCGAAAUCCAGAACCCCACCGCCGCCGCCAUACCCACGCCCGCACCGGCACCCGCACCGGCUGCGCCCGUGCGUACACCCACGCCCAGGCCCGGCCCCUCCCAGAUGCGCGAAGGCCGCGAAAAGAACAUCUUCGCAAAACUAGAUGUACCUCCCCACAACCCUGUCCGCGCUCAUAUGGAUCCCGCCGGUCCUGCUCGCGGGAUCUGUGCCAUGUGUUCCUCCGAUACGGGGAUCCAGAGUGCUCCCUGCGGGUGCACAUAUUGCUCCGGGUGCAUCGUUAGGAUGUUCAUGUAUGCGACGAAAAGGGAGCCCUAUGAGCCGCUAAAGUGCUGUCGGAUCGAGUUCCCAAUGGAGCUCGCCGGCACCGCCUUCGCGCAUGUCGAUGCCGCACGUAGCGCCGCCGGCGCCGCUGCACCUGCGGUGGCGGCGGCGGCCCCGGCCCGCGGCCAGAACUACAUCACCGCCGCCGGCAAAAGUAAAGGCAAGGGCAAAACCCGGGAGCGGGAGAGCACGGCGCAGCGGACCUUCGACUGCGUAGCCUGCAUGGACUCCUUCAUCCUCGACGAAGUAAUGGUCGCGCCCGGCUGCAACCACAACUACUGCCGCCCCUGCAUGAACCGCCUCUUCGUCGAGUCGACCAAGAGCGAAGACCUAUACCCUCCCAGCUGCUGCAAGCAGGCCAUCCCCAUCACCUGGGCCAACCUCGUCCUCAGCACCGCGGAGCAGACCGAGUUCUACGCAAAGAGCGAGGAGUGGAAGACGCCCAACAGGCUCUACUGCUCCCGGCGGGCCUGCUCGGCGUUUAUCCCGCCGCUGUGGAUCACCGCGGAUUAUGGCACGUGCGCGAAGUGUCGGGCCCGCACGUGCGCGCAUUGUAAGGGCGCGUUUCAUAGGGGCGCAGCGUGCCCGAAGGAUAAGGCGACGCAGGACGUGCUGAAUCUUGCGCAGACGGCGGGGUGGAAGAAGUGCUUUAGCUGUAAUAUGAUGGUUGAGCUCGACUCGGGCUGUAACCACAUUACGUGCAGAUGCGGCGCCGAGUUCUGCUACACCUGCGGCGUCAAGUGGAAAGAAUGCGACUGCCAGAUGUGGAUAGCGGAGAACCUCCGCCGGGUGGUAGCCGCGGGAGGGAUACCUCAUGUAGCGAUGCCUGCUGGAGCAAUACCCAUUGGAGCCAUGCCCGCCGGAGCAAUCCCCAUCAGAAUAAUGCCCGCUGGAGCAGUCCCCUUCAGGGUGAUGCCCGCUGGACCAAUCCCCUUCGGAGCGAUACCCGCGGGAGCAAUCCCCGUUAGAAUGAUGCCCGCUCAUGGAGGAGGAGCACCAGCCGGCAUGGAGGUGCCUCGAAUCUUUGUCAACCAUGGUGGCCAUAUCCGGGAGUUUCCGCAGAUGAGGGUUGAGGUGCAGGGGAAUAUGCCGAUGAUCAACGCGCGUUACAAUGCACCGGAUGGGCGCAGAAUGAUGUGGGAUGCUGUGACUGGGAGGUGGCGUGAGUUCUAG